UCCCCGUCCACUCAGCCCCGCCCCCCAGCCGCAUCCUCUUCCUGUACAGUGGAAGUCUCAUGUCCUCAUGUACGGUGGGAAGUGCUGGGAGAUCUGGAUGAGUGCAGCUCCUUCAUUUACAUGCUCACCUUGGUCAAGCAUGGAGGUCCCGGGCUCUUCCAUGUCCUGCUGAGACGUACUUUCACAGUUAACCAGUUUAUUCCCCAUUGGCCAUGUACUUUCUCUGCUGCUGAUUGGAUCUUCUCUAGAGGGUUCACUAUUUCCGGGACAUCAAUGGCAUCUAGCCCUGGUACGGAGGGGAAGAGGCCUCAGUUUGGGAGUCGCCUCCUGAAGGAUCCAAGCCAGGUCUUCCAGCACAAUGCAUGGGACAAUGUACAGUGGUCUGAGGAGCAGGAAGCUACAGCUAGAGAGAAGGUUCUUGAAAACAGUUGUCAACCUGUAUCACUAGAGAAGCAAGAGGAGUAUGAAAACAAAGCUAGCAACUUCUGGGAUGGCUUUUACACCAUCCAUGAAAACCGAUUCUUCAAAGACAGACAGUGGCUUUUUACAGAGUUCCCUGAGCUGUCCCCCAGUGGUAGGAGUCCUCUGGAUUCUGCUGAAUAUCAAAGAAAGGAUCCUGAGCAAGAAAGAGAGGAUGUAGACAGUGACUACCCAGGAUCCUCUGCUUCUUAUUGUAUCUUGGAGGUGGGAUGUGGUGUCGGGAACACGGUCUUCCCAAUAUUGCAGACAAAUAAUGACCCUGGCCUGUUUGUAUACUGCUGUGAUUUCUCUAGCACUGCUGUGGAACUUGUGAAGACUAAGCCUCAGUAUGAUCCAUCACGAUGCUUCGCCUUUGUCCACGACCUAUCAGACGAGAAUUUGCAGUACCCCAUUCCUGAGGAGAGCUUAGAUGUCAUUGUUCUCAUCUUUGUCCUUUCAGCCAUCCUUCCAAGCAAGAUGCAAGAGGCUAUUUCACGUUUAAGUAGGCUUCUGAAACCUGGUGGCUGCAUCCUGUUGCGGGACUAUGGCCGUUAUGACAUGGCCCAGCUACGUUUUAAGAAAGGACGAUGUCUGUCUGAAAACUUCUAUGUUAGAGGAGAUGGCACAAGGGUCUACUUCUUUACUCAAGAUGAGCUUGGGGAUAUGUUCACCAAAGCCGGUUUGGAGAAAGUUCAGAAUAUAGUGGAUCGACGGCUGCAAGUAAAUCGAGGCAAACAGCUGACUAUGUAUCGUGUUUGGAUCCAGUGUAAAUACCGCAAGCCAUGCAACUGAAAAAUACAAGAUAAUUUGUCUUCACCAUAAUAUUAUCCAUAGUGUAUGAUGAAAGUCAUCCUGGAGUGUUGACAAGGAGAAUGAUUUUUAUUUUUGGUGAUGAGCAAAGAAUAAUGGGGAAACCGUCUACUUUUUCCUUUGUUGACCUGUAAACCGUAGUCACCACUGAGAAUGUCAGAACUUAAGAAUGGAUAAACAUUGAGUCUGUUAUUAAUAAAAGGUGAAAAAUACCAGUUUCAGAGAUCAGUAUUGCAAAAGGGCCGUUUUUACUGGAAUCUGUAUCUGCCCGCACUGUAACAUUGUAUGUAUUGUGACCCUUGACCAGCCUCUCUGAAAUUUGAAACACAUUCUGGUUCCAGGGACUUUGAACUUUAUUCUCUGUACAGAAAGAAGGUAAACAUGUGACAAUGGUUCAUAUAAUUUAAAGACUUUUUAAAACUUUUACAAAAUAAAAUGUCAGUGUAUUUAUCAUAUUUGA